AUGAUGGACCCCAAGUGGCUGGCCUCGCUGGUGUGGCCGGACUUGUGCGCUGCUGCUGCUGUCUCCUCUUUAAGUGUCUCUUCUUUUUCUUCUCUUUGCGUCACUGGCACUCACCAGGGGCCCCUAUACCUGUGGCAGCUCAGCAGCAGCAAACAGGACCUUUGCUGCAGCAGCAGCAGCAGCAGCAGCAGCAGCAGCAGCAGCGGCGGCGGCGGCAGCGGGGGCGGGAGCGGCGGCAACGAGCGCUGCUGUGCUGCCCACGAAGAUGAGGCCGCCGUAGCUGCUGCUGCUGCUGCGGGACUUGCUGCUGCAGCCAGCCAGACCCCCGGCUGCGCAGCAGCAGCAGCAGCAGCAGCAGCAGCAGCGAAGCGAGCAGCAGCAGCAGCGGGGGCCGGAGCAGCAGCAGCAGCAGCAGCAGCAGCAAGCAGCAGCGCCGCCAGCGCGGUUGGGCGCAGCCCGCUGCUGCUGCCGCACCUGGUGCUGCUGCCGGAGUGGGGAGCAGCAGCAGCAGCAACAGCAGCAUGUUUUGCUGCUGCUCCUCUUGCUGCGCUGCAGUCCACCAGCCAGGAGCUUCUGGUGUCUAUACACUCCGACUCCAGGGUCCGCCUCUGGUCCCUCACGGAGGGCAGGUGUCUCGUCUCCAGCAGCAGCAAAAGCAGCAGCAGCUGCAGCAGAGCAGCAAUAGCAGCAGCAACAGCAGCAGCAAUAGCAGCAGCAAUCGCAGCAGCAAUAGCAGCAGCAACAGCAGCAGCAGUAGCAGUAGCAAUAGCAGUAGCAAUAGCCACGGCAAUACCGGCGGCAACAGCAGCAGCAGCAGCAGCAGCAAUAGCAGCAGCAGCAGCAGCAGCAAUAGCAGCAGCAGCAGCAGCAGCAAUAGCAGCAGCAGCAGCAGCAAUAGCAGCAGCAGCAGCAAUAGCAGCAGCAGCAGCAGCAGCAGGACCCUCGAGGGCCCUCGUCUUAGACACCUGGUCAGCCUUUGCUGCAGUUUGCGAAUUGCUGCUGCCGGGGGCCCCCGUGGGGGCCCCCGCGGGGGGCCCCCCGGGGGCCCCCCAGGGGGGCCCCAUGGGGGCCCCCCCGGGGGGGCCCCUGGGGGGCCCCUCGGGGUCCAGGGGCCCUCAGGAGGGCCCCCUGGGGGCCCCCGCGGGCGCUGCUGCUGCAUGCGCUGGGCCCUCAGCAGCAGCAGCAGACCCUCGGGGGCCCCCGGCGGGGGCCCCCCGGGGCCCCGGCUGCUGUGGAAUGUGCGGGGCCCCCCUGGGGGGCCCCCCCGGGGGCCCCCCCGGGGAACCCCAGGGGGGCCCCCAUGGGGGGCCCCCAGGGGGGCCCCCAGGGGGCCUUGUUGCUGUUGCUGCGCAGCCCCCGCCCCCCUUUGAUGCAGAGGAAUGGGUAGAGAAACUUACUGCAGCUUACCAAGACCUUUUGGGGGCCCCCUCGGGGGGCCCCCCCGGGGAACCCCAGGGGGGCCCCCAAAGGGCCCCCUCGGGGGGCCCCCAGGGGCCCUCUCUGGGGGGCCCCCAAAGGGCCCCCAGCUACCAGGAGGGGCCCCUCCAUAGCAACCGCAUCAGUGAGGCUGAAACAGCCACAAGCCGCUCGGGGGCCUCACAGCAUAAGCUUCUCCAGCAGCAGCAGCAGCAACAGCAGCAGCAGCAGCAGCAGCAGCAGCAGCAGCAGCAGCAAAGGCUAGACAGUUCUGACGGAACCCUGCAUCCCUCCACCGCACCGUCCAGCUACUCCCCUUCUCAGGGACAGGAAACUGGAGCACAGCAGCAGCAGCAGCAGCAGCAGCAGCAGCAGCAGCAGCAGCGGAGUCCUGCUGCAGCAGCUGCUGCUGCUGCGUUUGCUGCUCAGCGGGGCCUCCCUGCACCCCUCAUGGGCUCUGUCUGCUGCGCUGCUGUCGCCCCUUGCGGCUGCCUCAGACUCUGGGACUUAGCAAGCACGCUGCGAAGCUGGCGCAGGGCCCACGCUGUUGCGGGGGCCCCUGCGACUCCGCCGCUGACUGGCCGGGCGCUGCGGUCUUCGGACGAGCUGCUGGCUGUUGUUGCUGCAGCAACGAAGAGCACGCUGCUGCAGCAGCAAAACCAGAGCAGCAGCAGCAGCAGCAGCAGCAGCAGCGUCAACGGCAGCAGCAGCGGCGUCGCGCACCUCAACAGCACCAGCAGCAGCAGCAGCAGCAGCAGGAACGACCCGCCGCUGGUGGACCCCGUGUUUGAAGCCACGGGGACCCUGGACGGAGACACGUUUUGCUGCUGCAGCAGGCAGCAGCAGCAGCAGCUAGCUGUGUCUGCUUCCUACUUGGUGCUGCGCACCAGCAGGCGGCUGCUGCUGUGGCAGCGCCGCAGCGGGGGGGCCUUUGAGCGCCACGCAGAGCUUUUUUGCCUAGCAGAUGCGCUGCCUUGGGUGCCGCCUGUGCUGCAGCAGCAGCAGCAGCAGCAGCUGCUGCUGCAGCAGGCGCUGCAGCAGCACGACGUCGGCUGCUCCUGCUGCACGCACAAGCCGCCAGCCCUGUGGCUUGGGGGCUCCCGGGCCUGUCCUGCUGCAGCUUUUGCUGCAGCAGAAUCUCUUCUCCUCGCCUACACCUCGCGAGGCCGUCUUUUCCUUUUCCCCUUGUCUCUGCCAGAUUCGCAGCAGCAGCAGCAGCAGCAGCAGCAGCAGCUGCUGCUGCUGGGCCUCAGCGCAGGGAGGCAGGCGGGCCUAGCGCUUGGCACAGUGCCGCUGCAGCUGCUGACAGCAGACACAGCAUCGCUCCCCGCGCCUGUCUUCUUUCCCGUCAUUUCAGAAGCAGCAGCAGCAGCAGCAGCAGCAGCAGCAGCAGCAGCAGCAGCGGCCUCUGCUGCUGCUGCUGAGGAAGCUCCUGGGAUCUGCUGCAGCGCGGGACUGGCUGUGCUGGGCGUAACUCCCAGCAGGCCGGACCGGCUGUCCUUGGCUUGGUGGCUGCGAGAGCACCCCACUGCAGCAGCAGCAGCAGCAGCAGCAACAGCAGCAGCAGCUGCUGCUGCUGCUGCAUCGCAUGCAUCUGUGUGGGAUGACAUUGGCGGCACCUUCUCUUUCAGUCUCAGUGAGGUCUGGCGCAUUCCAACAGCACUGCGGGGGGCGCUGCAGCCAAUCAGCAGCAGCAGCAGCAGCAGCAGCAGCAGCAGCAGCAGCAGCAGCAGCAGCAGCAGCGGCAGCACGAGUCUCAGCGCGAGCCGCAGUCUGAGCCGCAGCAUAAGCCGCGGCAGCAACAGCAACGGCAACAGCUGCAGUGGAUACAGCAACGGCAGCAGCAGCAGCAGCAGCAGCAGCAGCAGCAGGAGCCUCGUGGCGUGGCGGCGGGAGUUAUCUUUGCCAUUCCUCUUCAGUCCCUCUUCUGCUGCCUUUGGUGCAGCAGCAGAUAGCAGCAGCAGCAGCAGCAGCAGCAGCAGCAGGCUGCGGCUGCUGUCGGAGCCUGCAGCCUUUUGGGGCUCUGUAAACGGGCACAAGCACUUGCUGCGAUGGCCUUUCGCCGCAGGAGCCAACAGCAGCAGCAGCAGCAGCAGCAGCAGCAGCAGCAGCAGCAGCAAGCACUGCGUGAGCUGCUGCUUGGCUGAGAGCCAGGGUGGGGUUUAUUUUAUUGCUUCUUUUUCUGACGGCGCCGUCACAGCGCUGCACCUCAAUCGAAUAAAUGCUUCUCGCAAAAGCAAGCAGCGGCAGCAGCGGCAGCAGCAGCAGCAGCAGCAGCAGGAGCCAGGCGGCAGCAGCAGCAGCAGCAGCAGCAGCAGCAGCUUCAGCAUCGGGGGUGGGCCGCCCCUGCCCUGGCCAGAAGCAGAGCGGCCGCACCCCUCCAUCUUUUUGCUGCCGACGCCAGCUAGCUGCGUGGACCCGCGGAUCGCAGCAGCAGCAGCAGCAGGAACAGCAGCAGCAGCAGCAGCAGCAGCAGCAGCAGGACGGGGGGCCCCCGGCUGCAGCGGCAAGCGAACUGUGGUGACUGCCCUCUGCAGCAUCAGCAGCUUGCUGGUGGGGGGCCUCACCAACAGCGGAGAUGUGCUGCUGUGGCGUUUGCCAACAUUUGCUGCUGCAGCAUAUCAGCCGCAGGUGCUGCCAGCUGCUGCUGCUGCUGCUUUCCGAGUGCUUUCUGCUGCUGGCGGCAGCAGCAGAGCAGCAUACGACAGCUGGUGCUUUGCUGCUGCUUCGGUGUGCGGCGCUGUGGCCCUGAUUGACUGCAGCAAGCUGCUGACGCCCGCAGCAACAGCAGCAGUGGCAGCAGCAGCAGCAGGAGCAGCAGCAGCAGCAGCAGACGCGGGGCAGGAACUCGUCGGCUUCGCCGAAACCCCAGUGUCUGUACACCACAGAGCAGCAGCAGCAGGGGGGCCCCUCCCGCUGCUGCUGCAGCACGUGCCGCGCCCCACAAACUCCCGGGGAGUCUUUUUGCUGCAGCGGCACCCCGACUGCAGCAGCAGCCGCAUCAAGAAGGUAGCAGCAGACUUGCUGUCGGACUGCUGCUGCUGCAUCACCAGCAGCAGCAUUUUCCUGUGGCGCGUGCAGUCGGGGCUGCUGCUGUCGGUGCUGCCUCUCGUGCAGCUGCCCGGGCUGCUGCAGCAGCAGCAGCAGCAGCAGCAGCAAAACGCUCCCCCCAAGCAGUUCCGCUUCUUCUUACAAAACCAAAACCUUUUUGCUUCUUCUCCCCACAUGGAGCUAACGCGUUGGGGUUUGGCUUUGGGGCAUUUGCAGCUGCCGACGACUUCUUGCUGCUGCUGCUGCUGCAGGCCCGGCGCCCCGCUGCAGCAGCAGCAGCAGCAGCAGCAGCAGCAGCAGCAGAAAACCCUCCCGCAGCAGCAGCAAGCCAGCGAGGCCCAGCAAGACCUCGAAGCCCUCGCGCGCCCUCUGGGCUCUCAUGUCUUCACUCCGAAACUAAUGGGGGACACAACAGCAACAAGCGACUUCCUGCUGCGCAGCAGCAGCAGCAGCAGCAGCAGCAGCGGGUGCAGCGGGAACUGCAGCAAAAGCGGAAGCAGCAGCCACGCAGCCCCUUCGCUGCAGUGCAGCAUACCGCAGCAGCUGCUGCGAAGCGCUCCCCGCGGCGCUGCUGCUGCGGUGUCCCCGCUGCUGCAGCAGAUGUCUGGAGCAGCAGCAGCAACUCCAAGAGCAGCAGCAGCAGCAGCAGCAGCGGCUGCCGCUGAGGCGCCUUGCGCUUCCUGCUGCUGCGGCGCAGCGCAGCACAUCGUGUACGCGAACUGCGGGGUGCUGAUGCUCCCGCUGGAGCAGCUCAGCAGCAGCAGCAGCAGCAGCAGCAGCAGCAGCAGCAGCAGCAGUUUGCCUCUGCAGGCGCUGCUGCUGUCGGGGGUCUUCGCGCCCUUCAGCCUUUCUGCUGCAGCAGAUGCUGCGCUGCUGCUGCUGUUUCCCUUCCUGCAGCAGCCGCCGCUGCCGCUUUAUCCCGCGCUGCUGGGGGCGGAGAUGUCUUUGUCAGUUCCUUUGCCAUCUUUGGUGUUGAAGGCAAUGGCUGCGGACUUGCUGCAGCAGCAGCAGCAAGCUGCUGCUGCUGCUGCUGCUGCUGCGCAGCGCGCCGCCCGCCAGGUGCUCCUGCAGCGCCGGCUGCACCCUGCGCCCGCAGCUGAUUCUCUCGCUGCUGCUGCUGCUGCUGCUGCUGAGGCAGCAGCAGCAGCAGCAGAAGGCCUGCUGCACUGCCACGUGAGCCUUAAUGCCGCUGCGGGCGCGCCGCUCUCUGCUGCUGCUGCUGCAGCACUUGCUGCUCGGGCGGACGCAGCAGCUGCAGGCGUCUUGGAAGGCGCAGCAGCUGCUGCAGCAGCUCCUGUGCGGAGCCGUUUGCUUCAGCGCUGGCAGCAGCACCUCAAGGGGAAAGUGAUCCGCAGCAGCAGCAGCAGCAGCAGCAGCAGCAGCAGCAGCAGCAGCAGCAGCAACAGCCUCCUGGAAGCUGCGCUGCGGAUGCCAUCUCUCCGCAGCCUGAACUCGACGGUUCACCCGGCGGCCCCCCCGCUGCCGCGCCCACCAGCAGCAGCAGCAGCAGCAGCAGCAGCAGCAGCAGCAGCAGCAGCAGAAGAGCAAGGCCGACUCUUCGAAGCUCUAGAUUUGGCUGUCUCCUCUUCUUUCGCCUUAUCAAAUAUUCCGGAGGCCCCACAGGCUUGGAGUGUCUCUACAGCAGCCAUGCGCAGCAGCAAAACUGCAGCAGCAGCAGCUGCUGCUGCCAGCGCUACCCUCUCCCAGCGGGUUGCGGCUGUUUACAGACGCCGUCAGCAGCAGCAGCAGCAGCAGCAGCAGCAGCAGCAGCAGCAGCAGCUGUGGAUGAUAGAGUUGUCCGGCUACAGGCUGGAGCAGAGCUGGCCUUCCACGGGAGCAGCAGCAGCAGCAGCAGCAGCAGCAGCAAGAGGAACCUGGAGAGACGAGGCGCUGCUGCUGGCAGCAGCACAAGGCGACCCUGGAGAAACAGCAGCAGCAGCAGCAGCAGCUGCUGGCAGCGGCUGCCGCCGGCGCCGCCCCGCUGCUGCUGCAGCACUCCCCAGUUCUUGCUGCUUCCCCGCUGCUGAAGGCCAGAACCUGCAGCAGCUGGGCGCGCCGUCAGCAGCAGCAGCAGCAGCAGCAGCAGCAGAGCACCCGCUGCAGCAGCAGCAGCAGCAGCAGCAGCAAGACACGGGCGUGGCUCCAAUCAGCCUUUUCGCUCUCGCCUAUUCUUGCCUUCCAAGGGGAGACACGGGAGAGGCUUCUGCUGCUGCUCUUUUGCUGCUGCAGCACGCCAUCUGCUGCAGCAGCAGCAGCAGCCUGCUGCUGGACAUCGAGGCCGCCCUGCGGCUGCUGUGCUGCGCUGCUGCCUGGGGCAUAGGCCCUGCAGCAGCAGCAGCUGCUGCUGCUGCUGCUGCUGCCACAGGAGAGCCACACAGGCACUCCUGCUCUGUAGACGCGGCUCUGGUGCUGCUGGCCAACGCGGUUUACCUUCGCCCUGAGUUCAGCCGGGUGGGGGGCAUCGACGUUGCUGCUGUCGUCACGCAGCACUUGGUGCGGAUCAUUUUGCUGGAGUCUCUGGCAGCGCCUCCAGCAGCAGCAGCAGGUGGUGCUGCUGCUGCUGCUGCUGCUGCUGCUGCUGCUCCCUCUGCUGCAGCAGCAGCUGCUGCUGCUGUCUCCGCCGGCCGCCUCUGCCUCGCCCUUAAGCUGCUGACCCUCGGAGGCGCUUUGCAGUACUACCAGCUGCUGCUGGCGGUCUUCCCGCUGACGCAGGAGCAGCCAGCAGCAGCAGCAGCAGCAGCAGCAGCAGCGAAAGGAACAGCAGCAGCAGCAGCAGCAGCAAGUCCUGUAGCUGCCGCUGCUGCUGCGCUGCUGCGGCGCCUCGUGCGGAUGGAUUUGCCCGGCGCUACUAAAGCCCUUUCUAGAGCAGCCAGAAUGGAAGAAACAAAUUGCCACUUGGCUGCGCCUGCGCUGCUGUUUCUUGUGGAUUGCUUCACUCGGCUGGCAGUGGGGACGGAGGAGGGAGUUGUCGUUGCCUACGAUCUGCGGACGGCCACAAAAAUGAGGGAGCCGUCGCCGCGCUGGGGUUUAGCGAUGACGGGCACUGGAUCGCCUCUUACUCUGCUGCUGAGUCUGCCGUUAGACUGUGGCAUCUGUUGGGUUAGAGCAAUUAAGGCAUUUGCGGAGUUGCUGCUGCAGCAGCAGCAGCAACAGCAGCAGCGGCAGCAGCAGCAGCACUGUAUUUGCAUUUUAGGCACCUGCAUAGCUGUAAUUGAGCAGCAGCAGCAGCAGCAGCAGCAGCAGCGGCAGCAGCAGGACCCAAUGCUCGCCGAGGUGUACAUACACUGGGAGGUGCAGUCAGCCCCUCGGGGCAACUUUUUGCCCGCGCAGCCCGCAACGCAGCAGACCGGCAAGAUGCAAGUUUUGCUGCAGGUGUCUGUACACCUGGGAGUCCUGACGGAGGAAGAAAAGCAGGCGCGGGACAUAGAGCGCCGGCGGAGCUACGAAGACUUUGCAGAACGAACCAGCAAGGUGCAGGAGGCGCUGGUGCAGCAAAAGCUCAAAGAAGACGCGCAGCAGCGGCUCGACACGGCCCAGACGAAUCUCCAAAUUGCAGAACAAAGGAGACAAAGAGAGGAGGCAAUGAAGGAGGCUGAGAGGGAAUGCGAAAGAAGAGAAAUCGACAUGAAGCUGCACGGGCCAUUCUUAACAGAGGGCCGGAGAGACUUAAUGGAAGGAGACAGUUCACUGAGCCCCUGGCUGCCUCGGGUGCCCACAGGCAGCCUUGGGAGAAACCGUGACGGGUUUAAAGGCUAUCCUCUAGAAACCCUAAAAGCUGCUGAAGAUGAAAAUGAAGAAAAGAGAAAAGAAAUGAAAAGAGAAGAAGAAAGACAAAGAUUCAAAGAGUUCCAGUGGGCCAGGUAA